CUAGUACCUGGCAACCCUGCCAUCGCAGCGGGUGGUCAGAGAAGAAACUGAGGCGAAGUUCAGACUUUUUCUCUCGCGAGGAAGGACGCCGUUAUCGAAAUCCCUACAAACAACACGAGAAUUCAUCAUUCACACGGUCUGAAUAAUGUCGGAACAAGAUUUGGCGGAGAUAGUGCAGAUAGCAGUGGAGGACUUGGGCCAGGGCGACCAGACUGAUGUGUUGGCCAAUCAUGAAGAUUCUGAUGACAAGCCUGACAGGAAAAGGCCAAGGGUGGACAACAGCACCCAGGAUGCAUCUCUAAAGACCUUGUUGUACUCCAUCAGUCAAACGAUCUGCCAGCGUCUGGACAACAUGGAGGCCAAGUUGCAGCUGGUAGAGGUGACGUGCCGGACCCUGGAGAAGAAGCUGGAUGCCGUGGUCAACAAGAGCCAGGCACCCAUCCAGGUCCCUAUGGUGGCACUAGGUGCCACCCAGACCUGGAACAAAGUGCGCUGUGUUGUUCCGCAGACCAAUGUCAUAGUGAGCCAAGACCGACCAAAGGGUCAGGAGGAGUCAGUAACUCGAGGGGCAGAUUCACUGGAGAACCUCCUUAGCAACACAGUGGGCGGGCGGAGGCAGAACACGUUCCUGGUGAAGGUGCCGGCGCCGGAGGACAGCCAGGAGGAACAGGAAAGCGGUUCAGAGGCCAGCGACUCGGUGUCCAACAGUGGCCAGGCCAACAACUCCCAGAGCACCCAGAAUGUCACCCUCAUCACCCUCAACUCAGAGGACGACUACCCAGCAGGUACGUGGCUUGGCGACGAGAACAAUGCAGAGAUGCGUGUGCGUUGCCCAGUGUUGCCGGGCGACAUGCUCCACCUCAGCACCAACUGCCGCACAGCGGAGAAGAUGGCACUGACAUUGCUGGACUACCUUUUCCACCGCGAAGUGCAGGCAAUGUCCAACCUGUCAGGACAGGGCAAGCACGGCAAGAAGCAGCUGGACCCGCUCAUGAUCUACGGCGUACGCUGUCACCUGUUCUAUAAGUUUGGCAUCACUGAGUCGGACUGGUACCGGAUCAAGCAGAGCAUCGACUCCAAGUGUCGCACGGCAUGGAGACGCAAGCAGCGCGGCCAGAGUCUGGCGGUCAAGAGCUUCUCCAGACGUAGCGCCAACACGCCUGGCAGCUCAGAGGGUGGCGCUGUGGCGGAGGUGGCUCACAUGGAGGGUGUGACCCAGCAGACUCUACACUACACCCUGGCCAACCAGGCCGUCCAACAGGUCCAGAUCCACCGCAUAGGAGAGGACGGACAGGUCCAAAUGAUACCUCAGGGACACCUCCAUAUUGCCCAGGUCCCACAGGGGGAAGAGGUGCAAAUCACACAGGACAGUGAGGGGAACCUUCAGAUCCACCAGGUGCAUGUUGGGCAGGAUGGUCAGGUGCUGCGUGGGGCCCAGCUGAUAGCAGUGGCGUCAGCUGACGGAGGGGCCACAACAGUGGAGGGCUCCCCCCUACAGGCCAGUGACAUCCAGGUGCAGUACGUCCAACUGGCCUCCGUCAACGAGCACACCGCUACUGUACAGGCAGCAGAACUGGCCCCAGCCAUGCAGGGUGAGAUGGAGGUGAAGGAGGAAUCCAUCUAUCUGCCAACAGGGGAGAAUGGGGAGGUGGUGCAGAUCGUCAGUUCUGUGGGCACCUGAGGGCCUGGAGAGAGAGAUGGCCACCACAGAGAUACAGAGGUGUGGAUGAAAGGGAUGAGGAGUGGGGGAUUCAAUAAAUAAAGACAAUUAAAUGAACAAACAAUUAAAUAAGAGAGAAAAAUGAGCAAAUGUCAACAGAACAGAUCAAGAGAAGUGUUUUAGUUAUUAUUCUUGAUUGUCAUCAUCAGAAGAGGACCUGGCCUGGGAUUAAACCCCACCCAUGAAGGAUGCUGCUCAGGCAGACAGACCCUCACUGGCUACACCUCAGCACUGGAAAAGCAUUGAGCUAUCAGAAAUUAAGCUGAUUGGCUCAAUUUACAUUUACAGUAGGCUAUGCUAACCCCCUGGACACAUACUUCACACAACCAAUACUGUUCUGUUCUCCUCUAUAGCAUCCUGCAAUCGUGUCAUGUUGGACUGCUGUGGAAAGUAGUACAAGCCUAAAACGGGCACUUAUUCAUGGUUGAGUUUUCAUGAUUGCCCAACAUUUCUGGUCUGGACUCCGGCUUUCGUUGCCAUCUUUUCCCAGCUUGUUUUCAUAUUGGUUAACCCACAUACAGUGGGGUCCGAAGUUAUUGACACCCUUGUUAAAGAUGAGCAAUAAUGACUGUAUAAAGUAAUUAAGUAAUUAAAUUACUGAGCUAUAUUGUAUGCUCAAAAAAUAUGGUAAUUAUAUUUUAUACUAAUACAAUUGCUCAAAUGUUUUGUAAAC